ACUGUUCUUAGAAGGUCGUUUGUUUGUGUGAAGAUUUCUUAUCUGGGAUCUCUCUCUCCAAAAAAAUAAAAAAUAAAAAAUAAAAAUAAACUCUUUCUCUCUCUAAACUCCGUUCCUUCUUUUCUUUGUUGUGAGAGAGGAGAGAGAGAGAGAGAGAGUGGCCCAGCAGAUCGAAAUCUCCUUUUAUUUUUUUUUUGUUUUUCGUUCAAACCUUGAUGACGAUCUGAGCUCCGUCAAAUGCUGCUUCUGUGGUUUUUGAUAGUGUGAGAGCCUGAGACUCACGAAUUUUCUUUUCAUGAUGGGGAACUGGUGCUGAAUGAUUCAGUCUUUGGGGAUUUUUUUCAAGAGAGCUCAAAAGAGGAUGUGGGUCUGAGGAAUGGGAACAAAAGUGCACUGUAAAAGCUACUUGCCAGCAUACUACUCAAUGAGGGAUCUCAAUGAGGAUUCUAACAGUUGUAACUGGCCCCUUUACUAUGGGGAUAAGACCUUGACUAAUGGGCAGUAUUACAAUGGAUUCUUGCCGAGUGCUGCUGCUGAUGCUUAUCCAGGAUAUGACAGGGAUGUAGUUAAGCAGACCAUGCUUGAGCACGAAGCUACAUUUAAGAAUCAGGUGUAUGAACUGCAUCGCUUAUACAGAAUUCAGAGAGACUUGAUGGAUGACAUUAAAAGGAAAGAACUGCAUAGAAACAGGAUGCCUGUUGAAACAUCGUUGUCAUCAAGUCCCCUGGCAUCUCACAUUACAUCCGAUGAUGCUCGGAAUUGGCAUAACCACAAUUUUCCAGUAGCAAACUCUGUUUGUGGUAGGACAUCUGUUUCAGGUGUCGAAGGCAUUCAUUCUACUUUGAGUUCUAUUAAAGGAAACAGCUUGCAAACUGGUCCUUUUCCAUCCCAAAAUGGAGGUAGCUCAAAGGAUCUUGAGGUGCUAGAGUCGAGACCCACAAAGGUUAGGAGAAAAAUGUUUGAUCUUCAACUUCCAGCUGAUGAGUACAUAGACACUGAAGAAGGGGAACAGGUUGGUGAUAAGGUAUCUGUCAUUUCUCACUUCUACCCAAAUAGAAAUGGCAAAACUGCAGCCGAGAGUGGAACAAAUAUCUUUCUUAAUGACAGUGGGAAGAAUGGAUGCAAAGGAGAUUCUCUGACAUCUGAUGCAUGUUUAAGAAAUACAAAUGGUUUGGCUGACUUGAAUGAACCUGUUCAACUUGAAGAAACAAAAGAAACAAAUGCAUCUGCGUUUAUAGAUCUUCUGGGCCAUGACUCUUGUAAUGGAAAGAUCCAAGGCUCUGAUAUGUCUGCUAAGCCAAACUCACAGUAUCUUGGUUUGCCAAAGGACUUGCCGCUAAGCUCCUAUCAUGGAAGUAAUAAUGGGACUCGAAACAGUUCACAUUUGGAUAACAAUGGAAGUGGAAAAGGAUGGUUUUCGUAUGUUCUUCAAGCAGGACAAAGCAAAAGCAACAUCAAUUCUCAAAGCCUCCAAACAGAAAAAUUGUCAAGAUCUCCCCAGUCAACUCAAAUUUCUCUCAACAAAGUUCAUGAACCUGCUUUUUAUCUGAUGGAUAAAAGCAAGGUGGAUUUGUGGAGAGAGCGGGCAUUUAAUGGUCUGGAUAUUUCUGAAAGAAGCAAUGAUUCUACAAAUAAUAAGCAUCUUGGACCUUUUGAGGCUUCUCAUGUACCGAGUCCAUAUCCAAUUCCUCCUACCACAGAUUUGGCUAAGUCUUCGUCUCAUGCGGUUUCAUCCUGGGAAAAGCCAAGCAACAGCUUAAAUCAAAUGUCAUUAUCGGUUCAAACAUACCCAGGUUUGACUUCAUCUGUUACCUUGAAUAAGAGUUCCCAAUCAUCAAUUCAGAGUGAUCAGAAUUUUGGAGAUAGAUGGAAUCUUAAUAGCAAUAUUAGAUCUAAUCCAGGUUUUGGAAGUGAAUUGUCCUACCGAAAUGGGUUUUAUCUAGGAUCCUCAUCUGGGUCUAAGGAAUUACCAAUUCGCCUCCCUUCACUCAAUGAUGAUUAUAUAUGCUCCAGUAAUGUAACGAAUGGAGCCCCUGGACACUUGAUGAAUCAUGGUUCAGCAAUGCACUACAAGGGUUCAAACUGUGUGGAGAUGAAGUCUUCAAAAGAUAUGAACUUGAAUCUAUUGGUUUCAAACAGUUCAUCUAAUCUGGAGAUUCCCCGAAAUGGUCUUGAAGUUUCUCAGCGAGAUCAAAAGCACGAGGACCCUCUUGCAGUUCUGCCAUGGCUUAAAGCUAAGCCUGCUUGUAAGAAUGAGGCUUCUAAUGAGGGGAGGCUUUCAAAAAUUGAUGAGAUGGAUAUUUUGCAGUCUUCUAUGAAUCAAGCAUCCAACAAAAGUGAAAUUGCUAAAGAUUCUAACCAAUUGUUUACUCGGUACAUAAAGUCAGUUUCAAGUGCUAAUGAUCCUGAGGCCAGGAAGAUUGAACCAAGUGAAUGUACGAGUAACAGAAAGAUUCUUGGUUUUCCUAUUUUUGAUAAGCCUCAUCUUUCGAAGAAUGAAACUACUAUUAUCUCACCUUCUGUGUCUUUUCUCUCCUCAUCCGAAUGUAAAGCGGAAAGUAAUAGAGAAAACAGGGUAUUGGAUAUCAACUUGCCUUGUGAACCGGCCGCACCUGACAUGGUCAAACAGAAUGCAUCUGAAAGUCGAGAUAAGGGAAUGGAUACUAAAUCUGCUGAUUUCAGACAUCAUAUUGAUUUGAAUGCAUAUUUAAGUGAUGAUGAUGAAGCACCUUUGAAACCGUCAUCCACAAGCAUAAGUGCGAAGUUUACAACUGAGAUAGAUUUAGAAGCUCCCGUUCCUGAGACUGAGGAUGAUGCCAUUCUUGGAGAAGCAUCUGCAGUAAAGCAUGAUGAAGAUCCUUUAGCAUCACCACAUCACAAAGCUGAACUCCCACAAGAUCAAGUCAUGAUGAUGAUAGCAGCAGAGGCAAUAGUUGCCCUCUCAUCAUCUAAUCACCAUAAUCAUAUGGAUGAUUCCUCUACCAAUUCAUCAGAAGUUCCACUGAAAGAAUCUUCCUUGACAGAUCCACUUGCAUGGUUUGUGGAGAUAGUUUCAUCAUAUAGGGAUGAUUUCGAGGGCAAGUUUGAUGCUGCUUGGAGAGGGAAAGAUGGUGAGGACAGCGACCAAUAUUCGUCAGAAACUAGUGAUUACUUUGAGUCCAUGACUUUGAAACUGAUGGAGACCAAGGAAGAAGAUUACAUGCCCAAGCCUUUGGUUCCAGAAAACCUAAAACUGGAAGAAACAGGAACCACUUUAUUAUCAACUCGGACACGGAAGGGCCAGGCAAGGAGAGGCAGGCAACGGAGGGACUUCCAAAGGGACAUCCUUCCAGGCCUUGCUUCUCUAUCAAGGCAUGAGGUAACCGAAGACCUUCAAACAUUUGGAGGGUUGAUGAGAGCAACAGGCCAUUCAUGGCAUUCCGGAUUAGCAAGGAGGAACUCCACUAGAAAUGGGUCUGCCAGGGGUAGACGGCGGGCGGUGGUUAGUCCCUCUCCCCCAGUGCCAACGACCCCGGCUUGCACUCCACUAAUUCAGCAUCUUAGUAAUAUCAAUAUGGGACUGGAGAACAAAAGCCUAACAGGGUGGGGGAAGACCCCCCGGAGGCCCCGGAGGCAAAGAUGUCCACCAGUUAAUCCUCCAUCUAUCCCUUUAACCUAAUCACUUGAAGAGAGACUUUUAAUUUAUUAAUCCAGAAGUUUAUAGAGAAAAAUAGGCAGAUGCUUCUAUGGUUUUGGGGAUUCCUUUGUACAUUUCGUAGCCCAAAAUUUAAAGUUGGCUUGAUUUCCUGGUUACAAUGUUUGUAUUAUUCAUAAAUAAUGCUGCAUGAUUUAUUCCAAGAUAGAUGUCAGUUACAAAAUCUUCUGUA